UUGCUCUUGACAACGGCGGCUGGAGGGGAGGAGAGAAAGGGAAGCAGGGAUGUCUGCUCUGAAAUACGCGGGGCUGGACGACACCGACAGCGAGGACGAGCUGCCUCCUGGCUGGGAGGAGAGAACUACCAAAGACGGCUGGGUUUACUACGCCAAUCACGUUGAGCUGAAGACCCAAUGGGACCACCCAAAAACAGGAAAGAAGAAACGUGUGGCAGGAGAUUUGCCUUAUGGUUGGGAACAAGAAACAGAUGAAAAUGGGCAAGUGUAUUUUGUUGAUCACAUAAACAAAAGAACCACAUAUCUGGAUCCACGGUUAGCAUUUACAGUUGAGGAAACAUCAGAGAAGCCAAAUAUUCGUCAACGAUAUGAUGGUAACAGUGCUGCAAUGGAAAUUCUACAAGGCCGAGAUCUAAGUGGCAAAGUUGUCAUUGUCACAGGAGCUAAUUCAGGGAUUGGUUUUGAAUCUGCACGCUCCUUAGCUUUGCAUGGUGCACAUGUUAUCCUGGCCUGCAGAAAUCGAGCACGGGCCACUGAGGCUAUACAAAAGAUACUGGAAGAAUGGCAUAAAGCUAAAGUAGAAGCCAUGAUUCUGGACCUGUCUUCCCUCCGAAGUGUCCAACAGUUUGCUGAAGCUUUCAAGGCAAGGGACCUACCCCUUCAUGUGUUGAUCUGUAAUGCUGCCGUGUUUGGUUGCCCGUGGCAAUUGACGGAGGAUGGCCUUGAAACCACUUUUCAAGUCAAUCACUUGGGUCAUUUCUACCUCGUGCAUCUUUUUCAAGAUGUUCUACGCCGUUCAGUCCCUUCAAGGGUCAUUGUCGUAUCCUCGGAGUCACACAGGUUCACUGAUGUAAAGGAUUCUUCAGGGAAGCUGGAUUUUAGUUUGCUUUCUCCUGCUAAGAAAGAUUAUUGGGCCAUGCUUGCCUACAACCGCUCGAAGCUCUGUAAUCUUUACUUCUCAAAUGAGCUGAACCGCCGCUUGUCACCUCAUGGAGUAACGUCCAAUGCUUUGCAUCCGGGAAACAUGAUGUACUCCUCACUGCAUCGCAGUUGGUGGCUGUAUACCCUACUGUUUGCCUUGGCCCGUCCUUUUACUAAGUCAAUGCAACAGGGAGCAGCCACCAGUGUUUACUGUGCCGUUGCCCCGGAGUUGGAAGGCCUGGGAGGGAUGUACUUCAAUAACUGCUGCCGAUGCCUGCCGUCGCAGGCGGCCCAAGAUGAGGCAUCAGCGUCUGCCCUGUGGGAGCUGAGCGAGAGGCUGAUCCGCGAGCGAACAGGCAGCCCCCCUGAGUAAAGACAGCCCGGUUUCCGAAGCUGUGAAUCCAGUACCUGUGCAAGAGGAAACUGCCACCCUUUAUCAUUUUCUUUUGCUCUCAUUGUCUUUCUCUCGUUCACUAGUUUCUUGUCAAUAUUGUAAGAUUGAUUGCGCUCCAAAUAAAAUUUAACCGUUUGAAACAUGCUGCUGCAAUCUGUCUGUGCCCUGUUAAAGAAUAAAUAAGAUUUUACAAACUUCGAGGACAUUUAAUAUUUAGAGCAGUCUGAUACAGAGCCUCAUUGCCAAUAAUUGGUACUAAUGAAUAAUUAUUUAUAAUAUUUAACAUAGUAAUAAAACUGAUUUCAUAUAUGUACAUUAUGUAUGUGAAAGCUGUUACUGUUCAUUCCUUAAAAGGUUGAUGAUUAUCAAGGAGCCAGUGCCUUAAUCCUGGUCUACUGUGGUUAUGUUGGAAGUAGCUUUUAAAUUUCCUUAUUCGACAAUUAGUUUAGUUCUCUGAUUAAUGCUAAUCCUUGCAUAGCUCCACAUGAGGCAUUCACUUAGUUCCAAUUAUCCCACCUACAUUUGAAAGGAUCAGCCACUAUGUGCUAUUGGAUGAGAUCCCUCCAGUCCAUAGUGGAUCAUUUGGAGAUUCAGUAGCAAAAUCAGAUCUAGCUGAUUUUCUUCCCUCUCUAAUUUACCCCCUUCCCUUCCACGAGUUGAAGCAUCUCAACAUCACCACACAAGUGGUGCUUAAAGGUAAUGGUCCAAUUCAGACCUACAGAAAGCAAAGAAUCAACUCAUUUUCAAUAUUCGUGGGUAGAAAUUAAAUAAUGGGGAGGAAAACUAAUAUCGGAGAUCUUUCUACUUAAUACAAUUCCAAGCAGCAUCCAACACCCACAUCUCUAUAAGGAUUCCACCAUUCAUUGAAUCACCCAUUCAGCAAUAACACUUAAAGUGCAGAUCCCAUCGAAUUACCAAAGGGUGACAAAAGCAAAAUACUGCAGAUGCUGGGAUUCUGAAAUUUAAAGAAAAACAGAAAAUGCUGGAGGUACUCAGCAAGUCAAACAGCAUCUAUAACAAAGGGAAAGAGAGAUCUCCAGAUUCGAUGACAUAGUGACAAAAAGAUUGUAACAGUUAUGAUAAUCUUAGUUGUCUUUCAAUCUUUACAUUUUCACCUGACCUGUAAGCAUAUCCAGCAUUUACUGUUUUCCACUAUGAUAAUGGCUAAAUGCACUCAAUUGAUCAUGAUAGGCAAUGCUAUUGUUUGCUCAAAUGAGACUGUUAGAUAUUAUUCAGUCUUGUUGAUGCUAAAAUGUAACCUUGGACAGUCAAAGGAAAAGGGAUAUAUUUAUAAAUGUGAUAUUAAUGACUGGUAAGCUGUUGGGUUUCAAUGUGCUAGUUUUUCCUUUUUUUUGAGAAGCUUCUAAGACCCAGAACAAAUACUGGCAUGCUAAACCCCACAACAAACCUUCACUUAUAGUUAGAUAUUCAUCAAUCCUUCUUUUGCUGAGAUUGAAAUAUUAUUAUUUAAAAAACCAACAUAAUUUCUUUUAAAACCUACAGUCAUCUCUGUAUCGAUGUGCUAGUGAUGCAAAGUCUAGUGGGCUGGACCAUCUCUCAUUUACCUUGACCUAUUUGCAAUCCAAUAGACUAAUAGGGUGGCCUCGGAGUCUCCUUUUGUGACUACCCGUAUUCUAACGUCAAUCACAAUUACUGUGAGAAUCGGAAGCACUGUUGAGAUAUAUGAAUAUAUCAAAGAAGCCUACGUAUAUACACAGGGUGACAUCAGCAACUGUGGGACUGAGAUCAAGGAGGGUCAGCAAUUGCCUCAGCUCGUUCUUCGUUCACAGAUUAAGACUGCUUCGCCGAUGCACAGUUUUUUUAAAGGUUCUUUUUCUUUGCUCAGUUUUUCUAUUUUUUAAAAUAAGUAAUGCCAGCAUCUUGUCAGUUUUGUGUUUCUUUUCUGUUAAAUACUGUCAUUGUCUUUUAAUCAAACAUCAUGCGUGUAUG